GAAAGAAAGGAGAAGAAUAAGAGACUGACAUGCCAUGGGAGAGUAAGAAAGAGAAGGAAUGAGUGAGGAAAGAGAGUGGAGAGUGAACUCGAGGCAGAUGGAAGCAACGAAGACGCCCACCAGCCUGAUUCCACCUCCCCUCGCAAACACAGCUUUGUGUGUAAUGAUUAACAGAUCAGAGAAUCGGGAGAAGAUAGCGUUUCAGCCCUUAUAGGAACAUUUAAACACUAUUUUCUUUCAGAUAACAGUGAAACAUGACUGCACUGAAAGGAGGAUACUACAAGGCAGAAUUAGGGGAGCCACACAAAUUUGACCCCACAUUCCGAGGACCUGUUCACACUAGGAGCUGCACAGACGUGCUUUGCUGUGUGACCUUCGUCGUCGUCAUCCUCGGUUACAUCGCUCUGGGAACAGUGGCUUGGAUGCAUGGUGAUCCCCGGAAAGUGGUCUACCCAACAGACAGUUAUGGGGAGUUCUGUGGACAGAAGGGCUCUCCUAAUGCAAAUAAAGCCAUAUUAUUUUACUUCAAUAUUUUACAGUGUGCCAAUCCUACAGUCCUCAUUAACCUUCAGUGCCCUACAACUCAGCUUUGUGUAUCUAAGUGCCCGGACAGAUUUUCCACAUACAUAGACAUGCAAUACAACUACAGACGCAAUAGGAGCUACUGGGAAUACUACAGGCAAUUCUGCCAGCCAGGCUUUAAUAAUCCUGAUAAGCCGGUUGCUCAGGUACUAAGGGAUGAAGACUGUCCCUCCAUGAUUGUGCCAAGCAGACCAUUUCUCCAGAGGUGCUUUCCCGAUUUCAUCACCAGAAAUGGGACGUUAACAGUUGCCAACAAAACAAGCUUUAAAGAUGGACUCGGUAAAACCAGGAGCGUCAUCGAUCUGAGAGACGCCACAGAUGGCAUCACUAGCCUGUUGGAUGCCAAGGAGGUGGGCAUCAAGAUCUUUGAGGAUUAUGCCAGCUCAUGGUUUUGGAUACUGAUUGGUCUGGUGUUAAGCAUGCUAGUCAGUCUGCUCUUUAUUCUGCUGCUGAGGUUCACUGCUGGUGUUCUCUUCUGGAUGGUCAUCUUUGGUGUCAUCAUAGCGGUGGGCUAUGGAAUAUAUCAUUGUUAUUGGGAAUACAGUUCACUCAAGGGGAAGCCAGACUCUGAUAUCACCAUUUCAGACAUUGGAUUUCAGACUGACUUCCGCAUUUACCUUCAAAUGAGUCAAACCUGGCUGAUAUUCAUGAUAUUCUUGUCUAUGAUUGAGGCUUCCAUCAUCUUAGUGCUGAUAUUUCUGCGAAACAGAGUUUGUAUUGCCAUCGCACUACUAAAGGAGGGGAGCAAGGCAGUUGGCUGCAUCAUGUCAACACUUUUCUAUCCCAUCAUUACCUUCCUGCUGCUGGCUUUGUGCAUAGCGUACUGGGCCGUAACUGCUGUAUUCCUAGCAUCAUCUGGUGAGCCAGUGUACAAAGUUAUGUCAACACUGCCUGACUGCAAGUAUACAAACCUCACUUGUGACCCAGAGACCUUCAGCCAAUCAAACGUGACUAAACUAUGUCCAGGCUCCCAGUGCACAUUUGCUUUUUAUGGUGGAGAGAGUGCGUACCACAGUUACAUCUUUGUUCUUCAGCUCUGCAAUCUACUUGUAUUCCUCUGGUUGGUGAAUUUCACCAUAGCCCUGGGCCAGUGCACACUAGCAGGGGCUUUUGCCUCUUACUACUGGGCCUUAAGGAAGCCUGCUGACAUUCCACCUUACCCCUUAGCUUCAUCAUUUGGAAGGGCUUUAAGGUAUCACGCUGGCUCGCUUGCAUUUGGAGCUUUGAUUCUGUCCAUCGUACAAUUCAUACGGAUUGUUCUGGAGUAUCUCAAACACAAACUGAAAGGUGCUCACAAUGCUUUUGCACGCUUCCUGUUGUGCUGCCUCAAAUGCUGCUUCUGGUGCCUUGAGCGCUUCAUCAAGUUCAUGAACAGAAAUGCUUACAUUAUGAUUGCAAUAUACGGCAAGAAUUUCUGUGCCUCAGCAUGGGAUGCUUUCUUCCUUUUAAUGAGGAAUGUUAUGAGGGUUACUGUUCUGGACAAGGUGACUGACUUCCUGCUGUUCUUAGGCAAACUGUUGAUCUCAGGAAUUGUGGGUGCCCUUGCUUUCUUUUUCUUCACCCGCCAAAUUCCAGGUAUCCAGGAAGAGGUGCCAUCAUUAAAUUAUUAUUGGGUCCCUUUACUGACUGUGAUAUUUGGAUCAUAUAUGAUUGCACAUGGAUUCUUUAAUGUGUAUGCCAUGUGUGUAGAUACAUUGUUCCUCUGCUUCUUGAUGGAUCUGGAGAAGAAUGACGGCUCAGCAUCCCGCCCCUAUUACAUGGGCAGCAGUUUGCGUGCCAUCCUAAACAGAAGACAGUAGAAACAAUGGCAAAACAAUACAUAGAGCGAAAUGUUUUGAGAGUUAACAUCUAUGACUUUUAAAGGCUGGUUACUGUAAGUAUUUUAGCAUUUGUAUUUAAUGUAGAUCUCGUCAGAUGCUCAAUGGUAGAAAAAUAAGAGGGUUUGAUCUGAUGCCCCUUUUAUAUGUUCAAAAUAAAACAUUAAAUAUUGUUAACAGAAAGCUUAGCAAUCUGAGUAGGGGUGCAGACAAGUGCGCACUUUGUCAAUACUUAUAUAGAGCUGAUGGCUAAUGGCAGACUGGGUUUGAAUCUGGCAUAUGUCUCGAUUCCUCUACUGCACUCUAAAUAAAGGUUAGAUUUAGAGAGCAUUACAUUAUGCAAGAAGGCUUUUUACUUUCUGAAUUCCUGUGAGUCUUUCAGGGCACUGGGCAAAGUCACAGGUAACAUCAUGAUAAAAACAUUUAAGCUUUUAUCAUGAUGUCAGGUAGGGUGAAUACUGAUAAAGAGGGACACUUAAGCUUAAUAAUAUCUCUUUAUGUGUAUAUUGUUCCAUUGUUACAAAAUCAACAUAAACUAGUGUGGUAUGUCAUUCCCAAUGACAAAUGAUCAGAAAGUGUACCACUUUACCUGCAUUCACCCAUAGUCACCCUGCUGGGGCCAUAUUGCAAGGUAUUUCAGAUGCUUUUCAAAUAUGAUGGGGACAUUUUACUCCAUUUUGCUUUCACGUUGCUGUUCAUGGAUGUGUAAGGGAGAGAGAGAAAUGGAAACCAACCUGUGUGCAUGGAACUGUCUCACUUUGCAUCCCGCUUUUAUGCGUUUUAGACAUUUUAUUACAGUUUCCUGUCUUUUAUAUCAGCAUCCCCCAUUUGGGGAGAGAUGCUGUACGUGAAACUGCCACUUCUCUCAUAUUGAGAAAAUUACAGAUGACACUUAAUCAGUAUUCGCUAAAUGGGUUGUCUCUUAACUUUUUUAAGUUGCUGUUUGUACUAGCCGUUCAGCUGAAGUGCCUUUUACCAACAUGCAGUUAUCAGCUCUCUUAACCUUAACCACAUGUUGAUUCAACCCCUUUUCUGCUGUGCAGAACUUAUAAUUCUAUUUAUUCCUUCCUUAUUUCCUUUGGUAACUAUCAGAAUGAGUGCUCUCUAACGGUAUGAGGUUACACCCCACACUGCUUAAUCAUUGUGUUCAUUCACACUUUAUUUAAGCCAAAUGUGGACUGAAUAUUUGCUAUUAUUUUUUCCACCAUUAUUCAGUGUUAAUAACACUUGAUAUAUGUCAUAGAGGAUUGGUAGUGAGUUUCUGCUUAACAUUUUAUGAGAUGAUGUAAUUGCCAACAAUUUAUUCAUUCGAUGUUUUAAUCAUUACGUUAUUUUUGCAUGAAGGACCAUUUCAAUUUGUCAUUUGAAAAGGAUAUUGCUUUAAGUAGUUGAAUCAAGUUGUAUUCUUUGCUGAAUUUGAGCAGUAAUACAGUGUGUGCAUGUGAUGAAAUGUUAUGCAGCUGUCCUUAUAACAUUAUUCAACCAAUACAUUUUGAAUUAUUUUGCUUCACCACAGUUGAGUUGACCUGCAGGGCUUCCUUUGUCAAACCACUGUGAUUAGUUUCUUCAUCUUAUUGUCAAGAAACUUUUUAAUUCUCUUCAUAUUUGACAAUGUGGUUAGCAUGCUUUUGUUAUUUUUCUGAACCUAAAUCAUGCCAUUUUGUGACGCAUAAUAACAUUUUGUAAUCUGUGUGGAUGCGAGGAUAAAGUUAAUAAAGUAUUUCUGA